AUGCGUGUUAGUGAAUGUGAGUACGGGGAAGCAGCGGCCGCCAUUUCAGGGAGUCUGCGGACGCUGUCGCAGGGUUGGAUCCUGAGCUGCCGAAGUCUCCGUCCUGCACUCCCGCGCGGCUUCCCUAAUCUCAUUGUUUCUUUUAGAUUCGCUCGGGCCUAUCCGCCCUUGGAGCCCGAAAUCCGGGCUGGGCGUACCGCGGCCCGGGCCUAGAGACUUAACUGUAGCAACAGCGGCGGCGGCGGCAGCUGCGGCAGCCCUCCUCUCCGAGCACGAGCACCACAGGGGCCCAGAAGCCCGCGCAGGCGUUUAGAGAAAAAUGGCAGACGAUAUUGAUAUUGAAGCAAUGCUUGAGGCUCCUUACAAGAAGACUUGCCUAACGAUAUCUCACCUCUACUCCCAUGAAUUCACCUUUGAUUCCAGUGUGAACUGUCAAUCAUAAGGGCGAGAUGUGUGACAGAGGUGGCAUCAAGCUCUUACAGUCCCAACCCUCCAACGGAAAUGGGCGAAGAUCUCAGGAAUGGCAUCGGUCACAGGAAAUCGAUAGUGGCUGGCUGCUAGCAUGGCCACUUGGGGCUUAGGCAGAAAUAGAGCCAUGGAUGAGAACAAGUUGAGCAGUGCUAAUGGCCAUGAAGAACGUAGCAAAAAACAAAAGUUUCUGCCUCCUUGGAAAGCUCUACAUCUCCUUGUGAUUGGAGUGUGGGUUUCAAGAUUCCAGAAGGCUUGUAUAAACUGGCAUAAAAAGGCAUACUCCAUAUUCCGGUAUACUCAAAACUUUCAAAAGAGGAAAAAAAGCAAGAGCAGAAGUCGUAGUCAUGAACGAAAAAGAAGCAAAAGUAAGGAACGGAAGCGAAGCAGAGAUAGAGAAAGGAAAAAGAGCAAAAGCCGUGAAAGGAAGCGAAGUAGAAGCAAAGAAAGGAGACGGAGCCGCUCAAGAAGUCGAGAUCGCAGAUUCAGAGGCCGCUACAGAAGUCCUUACUCCGGACCAAAAUUUAACAGUGCCAUCCGAGGAAAGAUUGGGUUGCCUCAUAGCGUCAAAUUAAGCAGACGACGUUCCCGAAGCAAAAGUCCAUUCAGAAAAGACAAGAGCCCCGUGAGGGAACCUAUUGAUAAUCUAACUCCUGAGGAAAGAGAUGCAAGGACGGUUUUCUGCAUGCAGCUGGCAGCAAGAAUUCGGCCAAGGGAUCUGGAAGAGUUUUUUUCUACAGUAGGAAAGGUUCGAGAUGUGAGGAUGAUUUCUGAUAGAAAUUCAAGACGGUCCAAGGGAAUUGCUUAUGUGGAGUUUGUUGAUGUUAGCUCAGUGCCUCUAGCAAUAGGAUUAACUGGCCAACGUGUUUUAGGAGUGCCAAUCAUAGUACAGGCAUCACAGGCAGAAAAAAACAGAGCUGCAGCAAUGGCAAACAAUCUACAAAAGGGAAGUGCUGGACCUAUGAGGCUUUAUGUGGGCUCAUUACACUUUAACAUAACUGAAGAUAUGCUGCGGGGGAUCUUUGAGCCUUUUGGAAGGAUUGAAAGUAUCCAGCUCAUGAUGGAUAGUGAAACAGGUCGAUCCAAGGGAUAUGGAUUUAUUACGUUUUCCGAUUCAGAAUGUGCCAAGAAGGCUUUGGAACAACUUAAUGGAUUUGAGCUAGCAGGAAGGCCAAUGAAAGUUGGUCAUGUUACUGAACGAACUGAUGCUUCCAGCGCUAGCUCCUUUUUGGACAGUGAUGAACUGGAAAGGACUGGAAUUGAUUUGGGAACAACUGGUCGUCUUCAAUUAAUGGCAAGACUUGCAGAGGGUACAGGUUUGCAGAUCCCACCAGCAGCACAGCAAGCUCUACAAAUGAGUGGCUCCUUGGCAUUUGGUGCUGUGGCAGAAUUCUCUUUUGUUAUAGAUUUGCAAACAAGACUUUCCCAACAGACUGAAGCUUCAGCUUUAGCUGCAGCUGCCUCUGUUCAACCUCUUGCAACACAGUGUUUUCAACUCUCUAACAUGUUUAACCCUCAAACAGAAGAAGAAGUUGGAUGGGAUACAGAGAUUAAGGAUGAUGUGAUUGAAGAAUGUAAUAAACAUGGAGGAGUUAUUCAUAUUUAUGUUGACAAAAAUUCAGCUCAGGGCAAUGUGUAUGUGAAGUGCCCAUCAAUUGCUGCAGCCAUUGCUGCUGUAAAUGCAUUGCAUGGCAGGUGGUUUGCUGGUAAAAUGAUAACAGCAGCGUAUGUACCUCUUCCAACUUAUCACAACCUCUUUCCUGAUUCUAUGACAGCAACACAACUACUGGUCCCAAGUAGACGAUGAAGGAAGAUAUAGUCUCUUAUGUACAUAGCUCUUUUUCUUUUGAGAAUUCAUCUUGAGUUAUCUUUUAUUUAGAUAAAAAUAAAGAGGCAAGGGUCUACUGUCAUUUGUAUACAAUUCCUGUUACCGUGAAAAAAUAAAAAUGUUAACAGGAAUGCAGUGUGCUCGUUCUCCCUAUAUAGCAAAUCCCACUGUAUACAAAACUGUUCUCUUGUUCUGCCUUUUAUAUGUACAUGUAGAAAAUUACAUUAAGGAUCUAUAGAAAUAGCUCUAGGGGAACAAAUGUGCUUAAUGUAAAAAGGCAGACAGGGAUAUAAUGUUUUUAAUGUUUCAUUUCAGAAGCCUAACUUUUUACACAAGUUACAUUUCACAUUUUCACUAAUGUUGAUAUGGCUAAUGGUUUAGCAGAGGUUUCUGAAAUACACAUUUAGUGUAUGGAAAUUCAAGACAGCUAAAGGGCUGUUUGAUUAACAUCUCAUCUUGCACUCUGAUCAAUUAGCAAGAAAAGAUUUCAAAAUUACAUUUCUGAAUGGUAUCUUUUCAAUUAAUGUAUCUGUAAAAGUUUCUCUGUAAAUAUGUGUUCUAGUGUGUCUAAGAUUCCAAACAAAAUGAUCCCUGCAUUUCCUCAAGAUGUUUAGUGAGUCUGGUAAGCAAAACAGUCUGAGCAAGAAAUGGGAAAUGCAGAAAUAGGUUUUGUCUGGUUGCAUAUAAUCUUUGCUCUUUUUAAGCUCUGUGAGCUCUGAAAUAUAUUUUUGGGUUACUUCAGUGUGUUUGACAAGACAGCUUGAUAUUUCUAUCAAACAAAUGACUUUCAUAUUGCAACAAUCUUUGUAAGAACCACUCAAAUAAAAUUCUCUUAAAAAGGCCA